CAGCCUGUUAAUUUAGUUCAAGAAAGCAAGUGCACAAAUGUGAUAUUUGCAGUAAAUGUGUUACAACAAAAAAGCAACUUAAACGUCACAUAAUGAUUCAUAUUGACGAGAAACCAUACAAAUGUCAAAUUUGCAAUAAAGGUUUUCGGAGAAAAUAUCACGUUAAGCUUCAUAUGAUGGUCCAUACUGGAGAGAAACCAAACAAAUGUAAUCACUGUAACAAAUGUUUUGUCAGUAAAGCAGAUUGUGAAGCACAUUUAAAGACUCAUACUGGUGAGAAACCAUACAAGUGUGAUAUUUGCCAUAAAUGUUUUACAAGAAAGCAGGUACUUAAGACUCAUAUCAUUACUCAUACUGGAGAGAAACCGUACAAGUGUGACAUUUGCUUUAAACGUUUUGGUAGAAAACGUGAACUUGAGUGUCAUAUAAUGAUCCAUACUGGAGAGAAACCGUACAUGUGUGAUAUCUGCAAUAAAUGUUUUAUAAGAAAAUUUCAAGUUAUGUAUCAUAUAAUGGCUCAUACUGGUAAGAAACCGUAUGAGUGUGAAAUUUGCAAUAAAUGUUUUUUAAGAAAACAUGAACUUGAACGUCAUAAGAUAUCCCAUACUGAUAAGAAAUCAUAUAUGUGUGAUAUCUGCAAUGAAUGUUUUGUAACAAAAUAUCAACUUCAGUGUCAUAAAAUGGCACAUACUGGUAAGAAACUAUAUGAGUGUGAAAUCUGCAAUAAAUAUUUUAUAAGAAAAUAUCAAUUUAAGUGUCAUAUAAUGGCCCAUAAUGGGAAUAAACCGUAUGUGUGUGAUAUUUGCAAAAAAUGUUUCACAGCAAAACAUGAACUUAAGCAUCAUGUAAAGGUCCAUACUACAGAGAAACCAUACAAAUGUGACCACUGUAACAAAGCCUUUGCUUCAAAAGGAAAUUGUAAAAGGCAUUUAAAGAUUCAUACUGGAGAGAAACCAUACAUUAAAUCAGGUACUUGACGUGUCAUAUAACAGCCCAUACUGAUGUGAAAUUUAAUACACAAUGUUGGGUAUACCUGGCGAAUAGUUGGGUAGAAAAAUGGCUGGACGUUUGGGAAAACAAAUUUACUCAACUGUAAUGACUGAGCAAUUUCUUGAUUUGUAUUCUGUAGUUAUAUCAUUAUCAGUAAUCGGAAUUGUGGCAGUUAACUUAGUUAAACUAAAAAAGAAUGAGGACAUUCCCUUCUACAAAUCCCAGCAAUUAUAAUAAAAAUAAUAAAGCACACACUCAACAUAGCCCCGUAUUAGGGAAAUCCUGUGUCACUGGUGCCAUGGACACACACGUAGACAACCACAAAUUACACCCAAACUCACGAGAGAAAUAAUGUAGGCCAUAUAAAUAUUCCUCCCAGCCCGGGAGUCGAAUCUGAGACCUCUGCGUGGCAGUCUGGCAUGGUGAUAUUUAAAAUUCUUAAAAAUCAAAGAAAGCUGAGUUCGUAUUCCCCAGUUGCCCACAUGUAGAAAUACAAAUGUUAAAGCGGAACUGACAUUUACCGUUAUUUGCAAAAAUUAUUGCAUCUUCCGACAUAUUGACAACUUUUGCGCUACCUAUUGCAAGCUUCUAAUUUGAAGGCGCCCUUAGUUUAAAUUAUUAUAGGUAAAUUAUUAUUACACAUAAAAAUAAAACAUUGAUUUCAGUACUUAAGCAUUUUAUUACAUUCAAUUAAUACUUGUUUCAUAUCAAUCACUCCUACGUAAAGUAUUGUAUGUCGAAAUUGCCAAGUUUACAGGGGAGCAUUUUAAAGUUCUGAAUUCA